AUGCUCUUCCGAACUGCCACCUCUGUUGCCCUCCUGGCCUGCGCCGCCAGCGUCAGCGCCGAGCCCAAACCUUACCGCCUGGCCAUGAUGCCCGUGCUUGGACAGAGCCUUGCGCGCCGCAGCACCAAUGGAUACCAGCCUGAGCUGUCUCAGUGCCACGAUGGCGACACCUGUGCCGAAGCUUGCGGCUCCGAGUACACUGAGUGCGCUUCCAGCGGCAAGGAGACUCACUGCUACAACCCAUCUGUGAAGCAGAGCUGCUGUGCUGAUGGCUCUGGCAACUCUUGCGACGAGGGCUACUACUGCACUCACGACCACGCUCUCAAGACCUGGUGCUGCCCGGAGAACAUGGAUCUCGCUGCUUGCGCCGCUGCUUAUAGUGUUGCCGGCGGCCUCGAGUCCGCUACUCCUACUUCCACCAGCACUUCCAGCACCAGCACCUCAACCACCAGCACGACUGUUGUCACCACCAGCGCUGCUCCUACCACCACCAGCACCACUGAGGCUCCCACAACCACUGCUGCCCCUACCACCACCGCUGCUCCUACGACUACCAAGGCUCCCGCCACCACCGUGACCAAGGUUGAUGAGGAGACCACCACUGUUCCUUGCACCACCAGUGCUGGAUUCACCAGCGCCUACACCGGCUUUAACAGCACCGUUACCAGCUCUGUGCCUAACCAGCCCAACCAGUCCAAGACUCCUCUUCCUCCUGUCGCGUCCAUCUCCACUGGCGCUCCUCAGCCUCCCCAGCCUUCCACCAUCAGCGGUGCUGCCACCACCAGUGCCAGCGCUCUGCUGCUCCUCGCCGCCGGUGUCAUCGCUCUUUUGUAA